AUGGCCGCCGACACGAUCAUCCUUGCCCCCCACUUGCUGCCCCUGGCACUGAAGGCCGCGGACGGCAGCAAUGCCGGCAGCACUGAUUUUCGCGCGUCCCUCUCGCCGCUGCUCUCGGCCGGCCAUCCCGAGAUCGCGGACGCCCGUGCGUUCCUCGGGGACCUCACCGAGUGCCGACGGACCCUCCUGAAGGCGCUGAAGACAACAGAUGCAACCCCACAGGCUGUGGACGACAGCCUCAGGGCCUACAUGGCAAAAAUUCACCAUCUGAUGUUGCCACCGACUGGCGCCCCGCCGGUGGGAUCGGAUGCCGGCCCUCCUUGGCGUGGCUCAUGUGUUGGGGCCGCUGUGGCGGUGGCUUGGAGGGAUGUUGUGUGGGAAAGGAGGGGAAGGGAUGAGAGGAAGGGGGGCCAGGAGGUUGCGAGGGGGGAUGCAAGGCUGGAGGUGGCGUCCGUGUUGUUGAGCGUGGCGAUGUGGAAGGCGUCCAAGGCGGCGGCGACGGCCGGUGGGGGCGGCCGGGGCGAGGGGGCGGACAGCGCGGUGGUGGCCCAGGCGCGCCAACUGUACCGGGAGGCUGCCGGAAUCAUUCAGCACCUGUUGGACACGCAUGUGGAGGGGCUUGGAAGACCGACGGCAGGAGACCUUGAUGAAAAUGUUCUAGCAGGUCUCCACAAGUUCGUGCUGGCGGAGGCAGAGAGCUUCACCGUCCUGAGAGCUAUUGAAAAGGGGAAUGUGCCCUCUCUUGUGGCUGCCAUCUCCAUGGACGUUUUCCAGUUGUAUGCACGGGCCUUCAACUGUCUUCAAAGGGCAGCGGCCCCCGCUGCCGAAGUGCUUGAGGAUCCCACUGUGGACCUGGGGAAGCAAGCACGCUCCAGUGCGCAUGGCAUUGGAGUCAAGGGCUGGGCUGGAUAUUGCAGAAAAGUUGGGGGCUACACGAGGUACAAGGCUGCCUGCUUCAAAGCCUACAUGCUGGCUUACCAUGCGUUGGAUCGCUCCCAGGGCACACAGGGGGGGGCAGCCGUUCGACUUGCGCAGGAGGCAUCCAAGACAGUGCAGACAGCCACAAACCUGGGGAGGGAGUACGACAGCCUGCUGCCGCAUACGUCUGAGCUUCAGAGGCAGGCUUUCUCACGCUCUUUGCAAGACAGAGUCAAGCAAAUCGAUGUGCAAUGCGAAAAGGACAAUGCAACAGUCCACCUGCAGAGGGUGCCUGAGAAGCUUCCAGAUCCCCCUGCAGCAAAGCAGCUGGUCUCGGCUGUUGACUACUCAUUCCCCCUGUUCGACCCUUCCGUGGACCAUUCAUUGUUCUCGUGCUUCGAUCUUUCACGGGCACCAGAUGUUGUGGUGGACGUUGCUGGCGAUGGGGGAAAAGAUGGAGGGCAGAAGACAGCUGCCUGGUGGAGAUGGCUCCUCGUCAUACUUGCCUUCCCAGUCAUUGUGGUUGCUUCCCUGUUGGGCAUGUUGAUAUGGAUAGUGCUCCUGCCAGUGAAGAUAUUCUGCUGUCCACUGGGCUUUGCUGCGCAGAUGAUGUGGGAUGUGACCGAAUGGCUCAUCAAGGCACCAGCCUACCUUGCUCUGUGGGCUGCUGGCAAACCAUGGCAGCCUGAAAAACGUGAUGUGCGAGCCAUGGCGUCUGGUGGUGUCGAAGAGGGGAGCCCAUCAACGUGA